CUACAUACAAUACCUACCUAUUACUAUUCCGUACUAUCUACUCCGUAUCUAUCAUUGAAUGAAUGGUUCAUUGACUUCAAUUUACUUCCUCAACACACUUACCUCCUACACCCACACAACACCAACUACGCUACAAUGACCGACCCCGUUCUCCAGAUUCCCGAAGUCAUUCAGACCGCUUCGAUCAACCGCAACCCUUCGCCAGACCACGACGUCAACCCGCCGACCGCAGCCUCCGAAAAGCAGCCCGUAGUGGAAGAUGCUCCCUCUGAAGCUGGCAGCAUUCCUUCCGACAUCGUUGACCCUCGCCAUAUGGUCAGGCCCGCCACUCGGCGCCAUAAUUUUCCCCCAUUGCCCGACCUGCGCUUCGAACAAAGCUAUCUUGCCAGCUUGCGUGGCGCCGAUACCUGGGGAAGAGUCGCGUGGAUCACCAUCAGAGACCAGGUCCUCCUCCCUUUGAUGCAGGGUACACUCUGGACCCUGGCUCUCUCCGGCUGGCGCUUCUGGAACCGCAAUGCCUCUCUGAGUGGGCAGACCCUGGGGAGUAGAAUUCGCCGCUGGUGGUACGAGGUCAACAACUGGAAGCUCCCUCCUUUGGGGUCUGCGAGAGAUCCCCGGGUUGCAGCCAAGGUGGAUGACUUCUAUACAGCCCAGUUCUCCAAUGCCGUCUAAAAGCCGUGCCGCUGUACUGCUGGUGUAGCGGCCGAGCCGUUGAAAUACAGCUUCCGUCGAUUGGGAUUUGCAUCUCGGGUGUUUAGCGUUCGGCGUUCGAUCUUCAUUAAGAAGCGGUGAUUAACUGGCAUUUUCAUUUGCUUCUUCAACGUCAAU